UGAUUAUUGGAAAUCCAUAAGCCAAAGAUUUAUAUUUUAUGAGGUGGUCAAAAUAUUGUAGCUGUUAUUUUAGUAACUUUGGUAUCAGUGGAUUAUAUUAGACAGGUGAAUUCUUACAGGAAAAACCUACCAUAACUGCUACAUCAAAAUCAUUGACUAGUGUUUUCUUUAUUCCUGUAAAAUCUGGCAUAAUUAUUCAGAUAGCAUAAGUGUUUUUAUCCCAGCAUAAUGGCUGCAUCUGGAAUAGCGGAACACAAUGAGGCAAGAAGGAAAGAAAGGUCUAUGCAGAAACGUGCCUACCAACAGAAAAUCUUGAUGUCACAGAUGGCAGAGGAGUUUGGGGACAAUCCAGACCUUGUUGGAGCAGCUAUGGGAUCAAAUAGGGAUACCUAUAUAUCAGAAGUUAAUCAGACAAGAAGAUCGGGGUCACCACCUGGCCAGCCAGGGAGUAGUAGACAUGAUGCAGCAUAUGUUGACCAAAUGAGACGGGAACAAUUGAGACAACAACAGAUCUGUGAAUAUUCAGCGAAAAUUCCACAACGGUUUUCAUCUAUAGAUUAUGUGUCCCAGUGGUGACGAAAUUUCAACCAGUUCACCGAUGACCUCCUGCCUGUAACAAUGGAACAUUUAUUUUAUUUCCUUUCUAAAUCUUUUUAUUAUUCUGUUUUAUAACUUUGAACUUUGGACCUCCAAAAUUAAAAUUCACCGUAAAGAA